GACGCCAACCUGCCUCGAACGGAUUUUCUACAGCUCGCUCCAGUAUCUCUGCGCACCCAUUCGCUGUUGACCCUCAAGGACUUCUUUUCUCGAUAGCGUCACUCUAGCAACCACUCAUUGUCGUCUUCACAAGUCAUCCGUGAUGUCACAGAAUCGGCCUGGGGUGUUUUCGAGUUUGCGCAUUGGUGAGGUCGUCCGCGAGAAAGUCCAAGAUGGACUCACUGGGGAAACCAAGGAAAUAUCCUAUUCACAGUGCAAAAUUGUCGGCAAUGGAUCAUUUGGUGUCGUUUUCCAGACCAAGAUGAUGCCGAGCGGCGAGGACGCUGCCAUUAAGAGGGUCCUCCAAGACAAGCGUUUUAAAAAUCGUGAGCUCCAAAUCAUGCGGAUCGUGCGCCACCCCAAUAUUGUCGAGCUUAAAGCAUUCUACUAUUCCAAUGGCGAAAGGAAGGACGAAGUCUACCUCAACCUUGUCUUAGAAUACGUACCGGAGACGGUCUAUCGGGCAUCACGUUAUUUUAACAAGCUGAAGACGACAAUGCCGAUGCUGGAGGUCAAGCUAUACAUUUACCAGCUCUUCCGCUCUCUGGCAUAUAUCCAUUCCCAGGGCAUCUGCCAUCGUGACAUCAAACCGCAAAACCUCCUCCUGGAUCCGAGCACCGGCAUCUUGAAGCUCUGCGAUUUUGGUUCCGCGAAGAUUCUUGUCGAGAAUGAGCCUAACGUCUCUUAUAUCUGCUCUCGUUACUACAGAGCUCCAGAAUUAAUUUUCGGUGCGACAAAUUACACCACAAAGAUCGAUGUGUGGUCUACUGGUUGUGUUAUGGCCGAGUUGAUGCUCGGACAGCCGCUUUUCCCUGGAGAGUCGGGAAUCGACCAAUUGGUUGAAAUUAUCAAAGUCCUGGGGACACCGACGCGAGAACAGAUCCGGACCAUGAACCCCAAUUACAUGGAACAUAAAUUUCCCCAAAUCAAGCCACACCCAUUCAACAAGGUCUUUCGGAGGGCACCCCACGAGGCCAUUGAUUUGAUCUCCGCCCUGCUAGAAUAUACCCCUACCCAACGUCUAUCAGCGAUCGAGGCGAUGUGCCAUCCAUUCUUUGACGAGCUCCGAGACCCGAACACUCGACUACCCGAUUCACGACACCCAAGCGGGUCAACAAGGGACCUUCCAAGUCUUUUCGAUUUCUCCAGACAUGAACUCUCCAUCGCACCUGCAAUGAACAAUCGGCUGGUCCCUCCUCAUGCGCGCCCUGCACUUGAGGCCCGCGGACUGGAUAUCAACAAUUUUAAACCACUCUCUAAGGAAGAGAUGCUCGCACGCCUAGAUUGAGUCCAUGCAUGUGAAGCUUAUGGGUAACACGCUUUCCGCAGUGCAAGGCCCGUUGCACAUGACUGCAAGUCUUUCAAUUCAUGUCGUAUAGGCUCAGUUCCAUGCAUUGGGCGAUUUGUGAUACAUGGGUAAGGUUUGUCAGUCUUGUAGGACUAACCCAUCGGUUGGAGCAUCCGGGAGCUGGCUUCUGAAUGAGAGAGACGGAGAGAAAUGGCAUAACGCAAACAUAAGGGCGGAAAUGGUACCAAAAAAAAAGGGCUUCUAUGAUCAGAAUGAAAAGAAAGAAAAAGAGAGCGAAUGGGAAGAGACGAUGUGUGACUCGGGCGACGAUCAGAAAAGUUUCA